AUGCCCGCCUGCAGGCGAUUGCUGCUGCUGCCUCUUCUGAUGCUGGCGGCCGCCGGCGUCACCACGGAUGCAUCGUUCACACCUGUUGUCGAGGCGCUGCACGAGCACAUGACGGCGGACGAGCUGGCGUGGUACUUCGGCGGCGGGGCGCGCGUCUCGGUGCCCGACUACCAGGUCGUCUUCCUGCUGCCCGCCGAGCCCGAGCUGAGCGACGACGGCGGGCCCGGCGAGGGCCACCUGCGCUACAGCUUCAGCGCCUUCGGCAGACCCGUGGAGCUCCGGCUGCGACCGAAUACAGUGCUGGCGCCACCGUGGCUGCGCGUGUUGAGACGCGACCGCCCUGGCGCGCCGCCCCAGCAGCUGGAGGCCGGGCCGCCGCCGCCCUGCCACUACCUGCACGCCGACACCGCCGCCGUCGCCGCCGUCUCCCUCUGCCACAGCAGGGCCGUGCAAGGGUUCGUGGUGCUGGACAACGACACACUGGAGAUCACGCCGCUGAGCGACAGGCUGCACGCGCUGCUGCGGCAGGCUGUCUCCGCAGACGAAGCCUCAGCAGACGCGGGCGAGGGCGCAGCCGCCCCUGCCGGCGUGCCGCACAUCGUACGCCGAGCGCCAUUCAUCGCACCUUCCUUCGCCGGAGACGCGCUUCCGCUUGUGGCUGACAGAGAGGCACUAGUCAACGAAGUAUCUGACAUUUUUGAACCGGAGCGGCAGCGGCGAGGCAAGGCCUCCGGCUACACUGUGGAGGCGGCGCUGUUCUUCGACGAGGCCGCCUACAAGCUGUUCGCGCCAUUCUUCCACAACAGCGACGAGAGAUUGCGAGACAUGCUGCUCGCCUACGUCAACGGGGUGCAGGCGCUGUACCACCAUCCCAGCCUGGGCGGCCGGGUAGAGAUCUCUCUGGUGCGGCUGGAGUUGAUGAGCAGCCAGCCCGCCGACCUGCCCCACCACGACGGCGAGCGCGGCGCGCUGCUGGACUCCUUCUGCGCCUUCAGCGAGAAGCAUAACCCCAAGGGCGACAACGACCCCAACCACUGGGACAUGGCGCUCUACGUCUCAGGGUUGGACUUCUUCGCAUACGAGAAUGGACGCAAAAGCGGUGUUACAAUGGGUCUGGCAACGGUGGGCGGUGUGUGCCUGGAGAAGUACAACUGCGUGAUCGCCGAGCUGGGCACCACCAACGUGUUUGGCAAGCCCUACCCGUCGGCUGGCUUCACGUCAGUCUACGUGCUGGCACACGAGAUCGGACACAAUUUGGGCAUGCACCACGACGGCACCAGCAACAGCUGUCCCAAGGAGGGCUUCAUCAUGUCGCCGUCCCGCGGCACCACCGGCGAGACCCAGUGGUCCACCUGCAGUGCAGACGUCAUACGCGGCCUUGGGAGCGCCAAGUGCCUGCUGGACGCUCCGGGCCCGACGCCCAAGGAGCGCGAUCACGCUCGCUUCGACGACCUGCCGGGCACGCUGUGGGGCGCCAAGCGCCAGUGCGAGGUGCUGCUCAGGGACCCCGAUGCCGUUACACACGCCCAGCAGGACCAGGAGGAUAUCUGCCAGAACCUGAAGUGUAGGACGCCACAUAGGUCUGGGUUUUACUUCGCCGGCCCUGCCCUGGAAGGCACCACCUGUGGGAAAGACAAGUGGUGCCAGGGAGGGUCGUGUGUGCCAGCCAAGCGCAAGAAGCCACCCAAGGUCGUGAAGGGGGGCUGGAGCGCCUGGAAACCGGAAGCUUGCACCUCGGGCUGCAUCAUCAAAUCCAAAGGUUUCCAGCGGCGGCGGCGCAGCUGCGACAACCCGAAACCCGUUAACACGGAAGACGGCUGCCCCGGACCCAGCUUCGACGUCGUGCUCUGCAAGGACGAUAAGCUGUGCAAGAAGAGUAAGCGGCAGACGGCGGCGGCGUACGCGACAUCGGCCUGCGGACAGUUCGCGAAGCUGCUGCCAGAACUGGACCCGAAAGCGGCUGGAUUGCAGGCACCGCACGAAACCGCUCGUCUGUGGAUGGGGUGCGCCAUCUUCUGCCGGCGCAAGGACACGGGAUCGUUCUACACGCCGCGGCUGGACCUCAACGACAUGGGAGUGGACCCGUACUUCCCGGACGGCACCUGGUGCCACAACGAGGCGGGUGUCAACUACUACUGCCAGCAGCACCACUGCCUGCCGGAGACGGGUCGCAUGGGGAAGAGCCUGCCGCCCAGCGAGGACGUGCCGCUGCCGCAGAACGCGCCGCCCAAGCCGGGGCCCAUCCCGGACGAGCUGCUGCGCUACCUGAGCGUGGGGCCGGACGGCAAGCCGCUGCUCACCACGCUGUCUCCAGGCUCGACCAAGCCGCCGCCCGACGAGGACUGGGCCGACCACGACUACCGCGAGCUGCCCGCCGGCGCCACGGGGCGCUGACUGGUGGCGCGCCACUCAGCGGCCGGCCGGGCUGCGCGCUGCCACCCAACAAACGAGGCUUCCGCACCCAUUGUCCACCAUGACAGAGCUUCUUCCGCAUUAGUAUCGCGUCAUUCUUGUAGAAUACUCAUAUUGGACAAUCCACAGCUCGUGGCCCACCUGUCAGCAUCGCUAUAUCUAGAGUGCGUGCACCCGCGUUCGUUUCCUGACCCGGUCGAAGAUUUUAUUCCCUCGAGGACUUUGUGUUGCACCACCCACUUCACCUGGCCUUCAAUGACGCUCAAGCCGCCAAAAUUGUGUCAAACAGAUAAUAGACUUGCACCUGGAAUCCAACCACUCCCAGAGGGCGUUUCGCGGCCAACAACGUACACAAUCAUUACAUUAAUGUUUUUUUUUUUUCAGAUGAGAUGUUUUGCCCUUCUUGCUGAGGCUCAAAUGGUUCAAAUGGCUCUAAGCACUGAGAUCAUCAGUCCCUCUUGCUGAGGCCUUUCUCUACAUGCACCUCUCCAUAAUUAACAAGCCACCUUAAGGUGCUUGGCGGAGGGUGCCUUCUAGCACUGCUACUCAUUCUAGUUCCUGUUCAACUCGCUAAUAAUAACAACUAUUAUUUUUUCAAUUUAUUAGAUUUCGAGCAGCGUCAAUUCAUGAAUUCCAAUAAUAAUGUCGAUUAUGACGAUACGAAUGUAAGGACAACACAACUCCCAGUCCCCAAAGCGGAGGCAGGC